ACCACCACAACUAGAAGGCGGGGUGUUUUAAUUUUCGGGUUGGCCCCAUAGCAUAUUUUUGACCUGGCCACCUGUUCAGUAGUUCGUGUGAAUUCCAGCAAGGCGUAGCCAUAAAAUGUAUCACUACCAGCAAGGCGAUGAAACUGGCACAUAUACAGAUGCGGAGGCGGACAAGAGCUUCGCAUUCGAUGACCAGAGCAUCCGGAAGGGCUUCAUCCGGAAGGUCUACCUGAUAUUGAUGUGCCAAUUGCUGAUCACUUUCGGCUUUGUUAGUGUCUUCACCUUCUCGAAAGCCUCUCAGGAAUGGGUUCAAAAAAAUCCCGCCCUUUUUUGGAUAGCACUUGUUGUCCUUAUCGUGACCAUGAUAGCCAUGGCCUGUUGCGAAGGUGUUCGUCGUAAGACGCCUCUGAACUUCAUUUUCCUCUUCCUGUUCACGGUCGCAGAGUCCUUCCUCCUGGGAAUGGUCGCCGGACAGUACGAGGCCUAUGAGGUCCUGAUGGCAGUGGGAAUUACGGCGGCGGUGGCCUUGGGCCUCACCCUAUUUGCCCUGCAGACCAAGUAUGACUUUACUAUGUGCGGCGGAGUCUUGGUCGCCUGUCUGGUGGUCUUCAUCGUUUUCGGAAUCAUUGCCAUCUGCUUCCCUGGCAAGGUGAUCGGACUGGUCUAUGCCUCCCUCGGAGCGGUGCUCUUUUCCGUUUACCUGGUAUACGAUACCCAGUUGAUGUUGGGUGGCAAUCAUAAGUACUCCAUCAGUCCGGAGGAGUACAUCUUUGCUGCCCUCAACCUCUACCUGGACAUCAUCAACAUCUUCAUGUACAUACUGACCAUCAUCGGAUUGUCUCGCAGUUAGACAAGUCAUGAUGAUCCAUAAUUCCCAUUUCAGUUUUAGAGAUAUUUAACUUAAUUUUAUAUGUCCAGUGCCACCUGAGCCACCAAGAAAUACAGACCGACUAACUAUAGAUAACCCUA